AUGUUCCGGCGGGAGCGGAGGCACGCAAGACGUGCAGCAGGCCGUCUCAAGAAGUUAUGGCAGGCCACCCUGGUCGCCGUGCGCGAGGUGCCGUUCGUCCCCUGUGCGGCUGUGGGGGUGUUCCUGGUGCUGCUGGCGGUCGGGCUGGCCAGUGUCCUCACAGCCAGUGCGGUUUCCGUACGUAACGCCAAGGACCUGGCUGAGAGAGGCCUGGGGAACCAGGUGGCUCAGUCGCUGAGGGAGGCCAUGCUGAUCGCCACAUUCGGAUCGGAGCUGUUGGCGACUGUCGUACGGAGGCAGCCCCACUGUGCCACGUUGGACGCCGGGUGGUGGGAUAUUUCGGAGGAUAUCAUGAGCAAGGUGGACCCCCAAGUGGUAAAGCAGCUAGAGAUCGACGUGGCGGGAGUUAUUUGGAAGACAUCACCUCCCCUCCAGGGGGAAACGGCGCUGAUACUGUACGGCAGAGACAUGCUCAGAGAGCCUGACGACAGACCGGGCAUGUUGUACGCGCUACGGGAGCGACGUACGCUGUUCCUGGGGCCGUACAACUGCCGUGAUGGCUUCAAGUGCGCUUGUAAGAUCUAUGUCGUUGAAAGCUGA